CCAAACUAGUACAACUUUUAAAAAUCUGUAGUAAAUCGCAUAGCAUAACACAUUUAUCUCCACUCACAGGUUCAGCACAUUACCAGCCAACAUUCUCUAUCUGUUCUCCCGGUCACGUUUGUCAAUUUGGUGGCCGCUGUCCAAGAAGAAACCCAAUUCGAAAUGCCUACUUUUCUCAAGGAUCCUCAGGCAAGGAUGUGCUGGACGUUGGCUCAUCAAUGGACAGCAAUGUUUAUAAUUGGCCAAGCCUACUUCUGCCGAGGCUAGAUGGGCAAUUUGACGAAAUGACAGAGGAAAGUAAGGAUAGAUCCAAUCUUAGGCUUGAUCUGCCUGGCUGCAACUGUGCUCAUCUCGACUGCCUUAACGCCUGGCCAGAAACAAUAUGUGCUAGUGAUGGGUUGACCUACUCUAACUCCUGUUUUAUGCAGAGAGCAGCUUGUCAACAGCAGAGAGAAUUGCGUCUGCUUUAUCGUGGGAACUGUCAAUAA